UAAACAAUAACAUACCCCAGUCUUUGUUUACACAACAAAUAAUAAACUCUAUAACGAGCUUGUGUCACAAUGGAUAACCUGAUUUUUUUGUGAAACCGUUUGCCUUUAAAUCAUUUCUCAUUUCCAGAAUGUUUGGUGUGAUCGUGAGUUCCUGCAUCCUGUCUCUAUCUUUGGGGCUUUUAGUCCGAGACCAGCAUGCCCAUCCCAAUCUUCCGGGCUUCUGCAAUAAUCUAGACUGUCCAAGAUUCUCCGUCCUUCAAACAUUCAAAGCUGGGUACGAACUCCGCCAGUAUGAGGCAUCAAAAUGGGUGAUGACAAAUCUAACGACCAUGGUUUUCACAGACGCGGACGAUAAAGCAAUGUUUGACAAACUGUUCUAUUACAUAUCUGGAAAUAAUUCUAUUCAUUCCAAAAUUCCAAUGACGGCCCCAGUUUUACGGGAGGUAUUCCACGGUCCCGGACCCACCUGUGAGAGCACGUUCAUGACUCACUUCAUGAUUCCAUUUUCCCUCCAAUCCAACACACCCGCCCCCACAGAUCCGCACGUUUACAUCCGCGAUCUGCCCGUUAUGAAAGUUUUUGUGAGGACGUUUGGUGGACGACCGGCAGCAGAGGAUUAUAUGAACGAACUUCAAACUUUGGCGGAUCAGAUUGGUACAAGUGCGAGAUACGAGAGCGCUUACUACUUCUUCGCUGGCUAUGACAGCCCCUACAAGGUGUCGAACCGCCACAACGAGGUGUGGUUGAAGGCCUUGUGAUAAACACAGCUCACAGAAACGUAUUUGUUAUCGAGGAUUAUCAAGUUUUAUACUGUUUAUUAUGGUUGUAUUUUUACAGGUUUUAUACAAUAAAUUUUAUAUUUAACAUGA